AUCUCAGUUGCCCAGUCACAUACAUUAUUCUCAACAUCAGAAGAACGACAGAUGCAAACCAUGAGAUGGCCUUCAGGGGUAAAGUGGCCGACACGAGGACAGUGCUUGUGCACCUGCUGCUAUGCCUCGUCAUAUUCUACUCUCUCUACUACAUGAUUGGGAGUGUGUGUUUCGGCGCGUUCAGGUUGGAUCACUUUGAUGGACUUAUUCCCUUUGACUUUAAGACUGAACCAACCAAUUUGGAGUCCAACUCCAAAUACCUGGUGAACCUGCUGUCCAUGGAGUUGACCUAUUUCUGCAGUGGUCUGCUGUUUGCAGCCGUGGUGAGGAGAUGGGUCUGGGACUACGCUCUCACAGUCACACUACUGCACGUACUGCUCACCAGCCUGGUGAUGUUGGAGUUUCCCUUGGUAUGGCAGUGGUGGCUGGCCCUUGCGGGUUGUUUCUGAUGAUCUGUAACGGUCAGCUGAUAGCUUACUUCACCUGCCAGAGUGACCAGAGUUACCCCACCUUCAACAGCUACUGAGUACACACACACACACACACACACACACACACACACACACACACACACACACACACACACACACACACACACAGUCUGCAGUCAGUCCGGUGGAAAUGGAGGGAAACCAAAUGUUCCUGUUGACUUGGUUAUCUGUUUGAUUGUUGCACUUUGUUUCUGUUGGACUGGCUUCCCAGACACCAAUUGAGCCAAGUGAUUCUCCAAUGAGCAAGCUUUUGAGUCCAGGAAACAGCUCUUAUAUGUCAUAUCUGUAGUAUGUAAUAUCUGUAGUAUGUAAUUGAAUGUUAAUCUUAUGUCAGACAAUGUUAAUCAUGUAAUUGAUCAUCUUAGUAUUAAAGUAUUAUACUAGCUGUAACCUCACAUCUGGGCUGGCUCUACACACACACACACACUUUUUCUUAUCACAUCCUGGUUUAAGCCUAACCACAACCGGUACCCUAACUUUAACCACAACCGGUACCCUAACUUUAACCACAACCCUUACCCCCUAACCUCAACCA